CUGGCCCUUUGUCGGGACGCGUUUCAAAGCAGUGCCGUGCAACAGCCUUGCAGCCUUGCAGCACAUUGCAGCAGAGCCGAGCAGGUGCAGGUGUGCACUGGUUCCUCCCCCGCUGGGAUCGUCACAUUGAGCCAGGGCGAUGGGAGAGCAGAGACAGCGACCGGGACCGUUGCGCUGGCUGUGUCACCUGCUAGACGAGCUCCUGGUGCGCAUCCUCAGUCUGAGUCUAUUUCGCGUCAACGCCCCCGAGGGCAGGACCUGUUCCGAAGAGGAGUUAGUGCCGGUUGCCAAAUACUUGCCCAUACCAAAAGUUCGGGGUCUGCCGGUGGUGGGAACGCUAUUGGAUCUAAUCGCUGCCGGAGGAGCCACCCAACUCCACAAAUAUAUCGAUGACCGGCAUAGGCAAUAUGGACCCAUAUUUCGGGAGCGCUUGGGUGGCACCCAGGAUGCAGUGUUCGUUUCUUCGGCGAAUCUGAUGCGCGGUGUCUUUCUCCACGAGGGUCAGUAUCCGCAGCAUCCGCUGCCGGAUGCCUGGACACUGUACAACCAACGGCAUGCCUGCCAACGUGGACUGUUCUUCAUGGAGGGCGCCGAGUGGCUGCACAACAGACGCAUACUUAAUCGCCUGCUGCUCAACGGCAAUUUGAAUUGGAUGGACGUGCAUAUUGAGAACUGUACCAGACGAAUGGUGGAGCAGUGGCGAGCCCGAACCAUUAAGGUGACAGCAUUGAAGUCGGCGGAGGCGGACGGCGAGAAACGAUACUAUGAGCUGCCACUGCUGGAACAGCAGCUCUAUCGCUGGUCCAUAGAAGUGCUUUGCUGCAUAAUGUUCGGCAACAGUGUGCUCACCUGCCCCAAGAUCCAGUCAUCGCUGGACUACUUCACCCAGAUUGUACACAAGGUGUUUGAGCAUAGCUCGCGUCUGAUGACCUUCCCGCCUCGUCUGGCCCAGAUGCUGCGCCUGCGCAUCUGGCGCGAUUUUGAGGCCAAUGUGGAGGAGGUGCUGCGCGAGGGUGCUGCUAUCAUCGAUCACUGCAUCAGUGUGCUGGACCUGGACCAUCAGCAGCCGCACGAGGAGCCAGCACUCUAUCAGCGCUUGCAGGCAGCGGAGGUGCCCGGGGAGAUGAUCAAACGGAUAUUCGUGGACCUGGUCAUUGCAGCAGGAGACACGACCGCUUUCAGCAGCCAGUGGGCAUUGUAUGCUCUCUCCCGGGAGCCGCUCCUCCAGAGACGCCUUGCCAGAGAGCGAGCCACCAAUGGCUCACAGCUAAUGCAUGGCCUAAUCAAGGAGUCACUGCGUUUAUAUCCCGUGGCUCCUUUCAUCGGUCGCACCCUGCCCCAGGAUGCUGAGCUAGGCGGUCACUUUAUCAAAAAAGAUACUUUGGUCCUACUCUCCCUGUAUACUGCCGGACGUGAUGCCUCACACUUCGCCCAGCCUGAGCGGGUGCUCCCAGAGCGUUGGUGUAUUGGCCAAUCGGAGCAGAGGCAUCAGUCGCAUGGCAGCCUGCCCUUCGCCAUCGGGCAACGGUCGUGUAUCGGUCGCCGGGUGGCUCUCAAGCAGCUCCAUUCCCUGUUGGGCCGCUGCGCUGCCCAGUUCGAGAUGAGCUGCCUCAACGAGCAGCCCGUCGACAGUGUACUUCGCAUGGUCACCGUGCCCGAUCAAACCUUGCGACUGGCCCUCCGGCCGCGAACCGAGUGAUACACAUUAAUUAAUCGUAACAGAUAACACUAAUCGUAAUUGUAAUCGUAGUUUCUUUAGUUUUAUACAAAAUAUAUAAAUGUCACAACUA